AUGGCUGUGCUUCUUCUUGCAAGGACCUGCUCUACGUUGCCGUUGGCAAAGCAUUCGCUGAAUGAUAAAGCAGUUGAAAAUCGUUUUGCCGGUGACUUGCGUUUUGAACAGGCAGGGUCUUUCAGUUUCAGCCAAUUGAAGCCAUCAAAUCUGGACAAUGGUCGUUCCCAACCCUACCCACUCGAAGAGAAUGACGUUACCAACGUAGAAAUGGCUCUUGAACUCGAGGUAGAAAGUGCCAGAAAGGAAUUGGAACCCAGUGGCCGCCGUGAAAAAAGAGAACCACUGCGACGAACAUAUGAAGUCAACCCCCCUCUCCGAGAGCCAAAAACACCUCCCAAACGUCCAACAACUCGCCCACCCGCAACACACACAACUCGAUCCCAGAAACGGCGCAGCCAGAAUACAUCAGGAAAUGCUCGAGGAAGAAACGCAUCUCGCCCCACCGGCACACCCUUGACCUCAUCGACACCUGCAGGAACUCCUCGAUCCCCGACAUUGACCAACUGCGACCAACCAUCGCCUGCGUCAGCAACGCAGGCCACGUCACCACAAAAAACGCCUAGUGUCCCGUGUCCCGUAACUCAGCUUCCCGGUUACCGUGGCGUGGCAGGUUAAUAAAAUACUAAUUCCAUUCUCCCAUGCUAUCCAAAACUGUCCUUUGAAAACCAGAGUUAGUUAUAUGAU